GCGCUAGGCAGGGCUGGCCCGGCGGGGCGGAGCUUGUGGCGGCGGCAGUUUGCAGGAAGCAGCGGAGAGCGCGAGGGGUGUCCCAUGCCUGCCCCCUGCCCGCCCCGCAGCAUGCUGCCGGUCGGCCGUGCCCGCAGGCUGGCUUCCAUUCUCAGUCAGGCCCUGGAAGACUGUGCUGAGCAAAAGAAGAAGCUAGAGGACAAUCUAACCCUGUGUCGGGCCCUUCUUGGAGACUGGAAAGUGCAAACUCCUGAGAGUCCAAAGCCAGAGAAUGGCCGAAAGGGUGACCAAGAGAGUGAGCCUUCACCCAAGGAACUGGAGGAGCUGGAGCUGCUGAACAGAGCCCUGGAGAGAGCAUUAAGAGUCCGGAAAAGCACCCUGCGAAAUCCUUCGGCGGCCCUAGGAGCUGCAGAAGGAAAGAAGGCAGCAGAGAAGAAACCUGCUACCAGCGCUGUUAGAAUGCAGCAGGCACCUUUGUCUAAAGAGAGUGUCCCUAAGACCAUCAAGGUGACAUCUGUGUGCAAAAAGGCUGCCUCUUCCAAAAAACUCUCAGCCUAUAUGCUGAAAGCUCCGUACAGGACUGAUCCUGUGAAAGCACCCACCAGUCAGAGCUCCAGGGCUCCAAAGGUGGCUGGGAAGGGCUCAACUAAAGGGGCUGCCCUCCAACAAGUGAGGAAGAUUGUGCCAGCUGCCAGUGUGAUUCAGCAAGAGUUCUGUGCUGCUGCAGAACCAUCUGGCUCGCCCAGCUCUCCCCUGCACCAGCAGCAGAGCUCUUCUUCCUUUGGAGGCUCUGCUAGUGGGAAAAACUCGGUAGCUGUCAUCCUACAGGGAAUUGAUCCAGAGAAUGAUUGUCCUGGUUCCUUGGCAGAGUCUCCAGUGACACAGAGCUAUACAGCAGGAGAUAUCCCUGUGGGGAGUACCACGGCCCGCACAUUCACCCUCCAGGAAAAGGGGUCUUUGUUGAAGCUACCGCUUCCCUAUAGGAAAGCCUAUUCCAGGAACUCCAGACUGUGGGAGAAGUGUCAUCUGUGCCAAAGCAGCUCAGCCACAGCUGCUGCAAGGAGUCGCUUUCUAGAGAGAAUGCAGGCGACCUUUUGUUCCUCUGCACCAGCCUUUAGUCCUGCAGAGAUAGAAGAGGAGGUGAUGGUCCUGCGUGAUGCACAUUCUCUCCUGGGCCAGUACAUGGAAGCUGAGACCACAGGCCACCCAACGUGGGAGAGAGAGUACAAAUGUCUCCUGACCCUGGAAGGCCUGCAAGACACAGCAUCCCAGUGUUUGCACAAGCUGCAGCUGCUGCGAGCAGCUGCGGAGUCCCAGAUGGUGGUACACCCGGCAGACUGUACUCACUGUGCAGGGACCUCCCCUGCAGAUUGCGCUCCACUCAGAGGACGAAGAUGUGGGGACACGGGUGUCCUGGCAACACCUCUCCUUUUUUACUCCAGCUUCCAGGAGCUGAGGGACAUGGCUGCCUUGAAACUGCAGGUGCUGAUGCUGCGCCAGCAAAUCGACAUACAGAAGGUUUUGAUAGCCGAGCUUCUCCCCAUUCUGGAAUCCAGGCUCCCUCAUGAUGAUUCUCCAUCUCAUCUGUACCGCUCAGUUUACACCCAACUCUGUGAAGGAGGUGAGCGGUUCCCUGUACUGAUGAAUGAUGAGCUGCCAGACUGACCCUGAAUCCAGCCUGCUAUCCUGCCGGCCAUCCCCACGCCCAGAGAGAGAGAGCCAAGAAAUAAACUUUUCCUAGUAAUUUUUUCCCUCUGCCCACUUGUCAAACAAAAUAAUUAAAUUUUACACUGGUUUCUAACUCCA